AUGGCCGACGCUCGAAACCAUGCCAUUGUCUACGGCGCAUCCGGGAUCAUUGGCUGGGCUCUAGUCGACCAGCUGUUGAAACAUUACCCUGCCCCAGGAACGUUUUCUAAAGUCACCGCAAUCACAAAUCGGCCUCUGGAUCUUUCCAAGUCUUUCUGGCCUGAGAAAAGGCCGACCGGGCCUGAAUUGGAGCUUGUUUCCGGAAUCAAUCUCAGCAGUGACGGGGUUUCUCUAGCAGAUAUUUUGAGAGAACGAGUCAAAGAUAUUGAAAAUGUUACUCAUGUUUACUAUUUAGUCUUCACUGCAAUGGAGGACGAUGUCGAGGAGGUCGCGACCAAUUAUCGCAUGUUCCAGCGUGUCAUCGAUGUACACAAUGUGACAAGUCCCAGGCUUAAGUUCGUGGCCUUCCCAGGAGGAACAAGAGGAUACGGUAUCUACGUGCCGGGCGGCACUUUCACUCCACCUCUUCGCGAAGAAAUGGUGAAGAGCCUGCCAUCCGACUACAGCAAAACAGUCGUUUACCCGGCGUAUCGUGAGAUGCUCACCAAAGCGAGCGAUGGUAAAAGCUGGACGUGGUGUGAAGUUUGCCCAGAUACCAUUAUCGGCUUCACUCCCAACGGGUCCCAAUUUAGCUUGGCGCUCCACUGGGCCCAAUACCUGUCAUUAUAUGCCUUCAACCACGACAUCAAGCCUCGUUCUCAAAGUAAAUCCUCGAGAGUCGAAGUGCCUUUCCCCGGGAGCACCCUUGGAGCCAACUCUUUGCACACGCCCGUAUCGAGCAAGAUACUCGCCCGAUUCAUGAUAUACGCCUCUUUGAGCCCGGAAAAAUGUGGGGGCGGCCGGCUUUUCAAUAUCGCGGAUCGCGCAAAGCCAUGUACUGCCAAUGAAGUCUGGCCGCAGUUGGCAAGCUGGUUUGGCUUGAAGGGUGUGCAGCCUCCUGACACUGAGCCCGCCGGAGAGGAAUUGAAAGCCGGCCAGCUCCCUAACUCUACCCCCAAUCUUCUACCGGGAGAGUAUACUAGCAGAUAUCAGCGUCUCUUUGCGGAGUAUGGCUGCUUAAAUGCUGCCCAUGCCGGCGUGGGAGUAGGAAAUCGGCAGUUGGACAGUGUUGGGUAUUGGUUGACCUUUGAUCGCCAGUUGAGUUUGGAUAGAAUCAGGGAAUGCGGGUUUGAGGAAGAGCAGGACCCAGUGAAAGGCUGGUUGGAAAGUUUUGAGCUUUUCCAGAAGGCAGGUCUCAUAUUAUAG